CGCAACUAAUAAAUUAUGGCAAUGUUGUAUAAAAAUUAUAGCAAAUCCGAGACAAAAAUGAACAGACAGUCGAAAUCAAAUCUGGAAGAGAUCGCAGCUAGUAUAGAAGAACGUCAUUGCGAUUUAACAGGACGACACAGAUAUCUGAGGGAAAAAAUCACUACAAUGGAAAGAUCCAUACCAGCACUUAUGGCUUAUAACAUGUGGGUCUCUGGAAAAGACUGCGACGAUGCACCCUUUUGCAAAAUUCGUCAAAUUAUGAAUAAGCUGUCGCCCGAUUUAGACCCUACUGAAAAGUUGCUUCGUAAUUUGAAGAGUACCAUUAAGGAUCUCAACAAGGAGACGACGGAGUUGCACGACAAAAUUAUUGACGCUGAUAUUAAAUUAGAGGAAACCGAAAUGCAGUUGGAAUCUCUCGAAUUGGAAAACAAGGAGAUGAACGAUCACGUUAACGAAAUAGAAAAAGAAAUUCGUAGUUAUCAAAGUACAAGUUUGCAUUCUAUUCAUUCGGAAGAUCUCAUCUGUUUGACAAAGAUUCAUCAGCUUGCUAAAGACGAAUUAGAGUUAAAAAAUUGUAUAACAGUAUUGGAAGAAAAAGAGACUUUGUAUGCGGAACAAUUGGAUCGUUUGCUAGCUUCGAAAGAAUUUCAAAAUAUUUCUGGUAACAAUAAGAUGUUGAAACGUAUUCAGGAUCUGGAAAGUAAUGAGAGGAGGAUGCAUUGUGCUUUACAGUUUUACAAGAACAAUGUGCAACGAUUAAAGAAGGAACUUGUUAGGAAGAUGAGUGAUGUUAGUUUUUCUUUUCAAUUGAAAAUAUUAUUCAUGACGCAAAAAACAAAGAGAAGAGUAUAAAGAUAAAAAUAAAGACGAACAAUUGUAAUUAUUAUUUUUUUUUUUUCAGAGUUCUAUAGAUUCAACGACCGCUUUAACAACUUCUAAUCAAACCGCACGAGAUAAAUCACCCAAGAAUGAAAAUAACAAAGAAAAUAAAAAAGCUUCUUUAAAAAAAUUCAAAGACCAACGAACUGAGAUUUCAAAUGAACAGACUGCCAUUCCAAAAAAUAAGAAAUUAGCUUCAAUUAACGACCAAAAUUACGUACGUUAAUAAAUCUUUCUUUCUUUAGGGUGUUUCAAAAUCUUCAUCUUAAUUAUAUUUAUUACACAAAUUAAUUUCUACCGUAGGAAUCAAAAGCAUGUAUUUGUCCUAAUAAGAAUAAUUAUGAAAUUGGUUCGAUGACAAAAAAAUCGGCUAAAUCUUUGAAGAAUACACAAAUAUUCCCUUCUAACGGAUGUCCUUUGAAAUCAAAUUAUGCUCAAUUUUCGCAACAAGAUAAUGAAAGAAUAAAAAAUGAUAAAUGCAAAAUUUCGUGCCAUUCCAUUUUGUCGUACUCAAAGUAUUUGCAUGGAUCAACAGCAGUGAAAAAUCCUUGCUCGGUUAAUCUUCCUUGUGAUCUUCCUCCUUGUGCUAUAAUGAAGUCAAGUAUGCUAUUAUUUUCUAAUUGUUAAGAGAAAAAAAUCAGAAAACAUUCUUAACAUUACUCGGAACAUUCACAAGUCUUUCAUGUAUGUUUUAGUAUGUCCAACAGCACCUUGCAACUACAAGGUUACAUCUAAUAAUUCUUAUAUAUCGUCAUCGUCGUGCAAAAAAUGCAAUUUGAUACGCAAUAAAAAUGAAUGUAAAUGCAAUUGCAAAGGUAAAUGUGCAUUCGGAUUAUCCAGUGUACCCUGUAGAUGUGGAGUCGUACCAUCUUGUCCAUUGGAUAAAGGAUAUCAACCUGUAGCAAAAUCGUUGUCGCGUAAUUGUAUAAGCAGCAGUGACAGCGAUGACGAAUACUGCGAAUGUUGUUCUUGCGGUUGCGAAGACAGCAACGA